AGCCCAGGAACUGUGAGAUCCGGGUGAGGAGAGCAAACCCCGCUGGCAUCUGCGUUUGUGAGUCGCCCAGAGAGAGCGGCUGUCCCCAAAACGGAGACUUACUGGAUCCUCGCCUGUAAGACCGCCUGUCUGUCCUGGCGUUCGUGACACCCGAGGCGUAAAGGGAUGCGAGGUGCAUGGUGACAGCAUUGCAGCCAUGAGUGGAAUUUUAAAGAGGAAGUUUGAAGAAGUUGGUGGAACUUCACCCUGUUCAUGUGUGUGGGAGUCAGAUGAUGAUGUUUCUAGCAGUGAAAGUGCUGACAGUGGAAGUAAUGUCCAUCCAUCUGCUUCUAAUCAUUUUACUCGUACAUGUGACAGCAUUGCAGCAAUGAGUGGAAUUCUAAAGAGGAAGUUUGAAGAAGUUGAUGGCUCCUCACCUUGUUCUUCUGUGAGGGAAUCAGAUGAUGACAUUUCUAGCAGUGAAAGUGCUGACAGUGGUGAUAGUGUCAAUCCAUCCACUUCUAAUCAUUUUACCCCGUCUUCCAUCCUGAAGAGAGAGAAGCGGAAGAGAACAAAAAAUGUCCAUUUUAACUGUGUUACUGUGUAUUACUUCACGAGAAGGCAAGGCUUCACCAGUGUUCCCAGCCAAGGAGGAAGUACACUGGGAAUGUCCACUCGCCACAACAGUGUGCGCCAGUAUACGCUGGGGGAGUUUGCCAUGGAACAGGAGCGGCUUCACCGAGAGAUGCUGAGAGAGCAUCUGAGGGAGGAAAAACUCAAUUCUCUAAAGUUAAAGAUGACAAAGAACGGUACGGUGGAAUCUGAGGAAGCCAAUACACUGACUCUGGAUGACAUUUCUGAUGAUGAUAUUGAUCUAGACAACACUGAAGUAGAUGAGUACUUUUUUCUCCAACCCCUGCCUACAAAAAAGCGGCGGGCAUUGCUGCGGGCUUCUGGAGUGAAGAAGAUCGACGUGGAAGAAAAGCACGAGCUGCGAGCCAUCCGCCUGUCCAGAGAGGAUUGUGGCUGUGACUGCCGUGUGUUCUGUGACCCAGAAACUUGCACCUGCAGUCUUGCAGGCAUAAAAUGUCAGGUGGAUCGUAUGUCUUUCCCAUGCGGUUGCACUAAAGAAGGGUGUAGCAAUACAGCAGGUAGAAUCGAAUUUAACCCCAUCCGUGUACGGACUCACUUUUUGCACACAAUAAUGAAACUUGAAUUGGAGAAAAAUAGAGAGCAGCAAGUUUCAGCACUCAAUGGCUGUCACACUGAGAUAAGUGCACACAGUAGUUCCAUGAGUCCGGGACCCCAUCCAGUUGAAUAUUCAAUUGCAGAAAAUUUUGAGAUUGAAACCGAACCCCCGGCUGCAGUUAUGCAUUCCCAGUCAGCCGAGGACUUGGACUGCCCAGGGGAAGAGGAGGAAGAGGAAGAUGGGAGUAGCUUUUGUAGUGGAGUUACAGAUUCUAGUACACAGAGUUUAGCCCCUAGUGAAUCAGAUGAUGAUGAAGAGGAAGAGGAAGAUGAGGAGGAAGAUGAGGAGGAAGAAAAAGCAGAUGAUUUUGUGGAAAGUAUGAGCUCCCAUGCUGAUAUGGUGCCUCUUCCUUCUGUCCUUUGCUACUCUGAUGGAACUGCUGUGCAUGAAAACCACUCUAAAAAUGCCUCAUACUAUACUAACUCUUCAACUCUGUAUUACCAAAUAGAGAACCACGUUGCUGGCACUGCUAACCAGAUCGGUGAGACUUACUCAGAAAGGGAUGCUGUCAAGAACGGUAGUCUUUCUCUGGUGCCUUACAACAUGACUUCAGAACAGUUUGUUGACUACACACGGCAGUCAGAGGAAACUUUCAGCAGCCCUCAUUACCCUUCUGCAAACCCCUCAGUGAUUGUUUGCUGCUCAUCUUCUGAAGGGGAUGGCAGUGCUCCCUGUAACAGUUUAUACACUGAGCAUAGGCCGAGUCACCCGCCAGUGGAAUUUCACUCAUACUUGAAAGGUCCUUCUCAAGAUGGCUUUGUUUCAGCUUUGAAUGGUGGCAGUCACGUGCAAGAACACCCUGCUGAAAAUUCACUAAACCUCCCAGAAAAGAGCAGACUGCACGAAGAGUGCAUCAAAUCACCAGUGGUAGAGACAGUACCUGUUUAAUAUUAAAUUACUGUAGGACUGACUUCCUGUGUUAAAAUUCACUCCCAUUGGAUUUUCCUAGAAACUUACUUUUUUAAGAGGUAGACAACACUUGGACUACAGUCAAUGUUCCAGAAAUACUUUGUUUUCGCAAGCUACACUGGCAGUGGUAUUGCACAAAACCAGUUCAUGUAAAGAUUUACAUAAAAAUAAUCAAAUCCUUUUUUUGAUAAAAAUUAAACAGAUAAGUAAAAAACACACCCAACAUAUUUCAAAGUAGCCUACCUGUGAACAUAUGUGAAACCUGCCAAGCUAUCUGAAUCAAAACUUCACGUUUUUGACUGUCGGGCCUGUGCAAGAUUGUUAAAAAUGGUACUUUGAAAUAAUCAUGUUUAGAGUCCUAAUUUUCAACAUAUCUGAAAAGAUGGUAAGUUUAAUGUAAAAGUAACUACUGUACAAAAAAAAAGUUUUAAUUGUUCUGUACUGUAUGUAUUUUAUUUAUGGUAGUUUAAGAUUCAUGUUUUGAUAAAAAUGAACAGCAUGUUCAUUUGAGCAGAAGAUCCAUAGCUGCUUACAAAGAGCAUGUCCACUUUUCAUCUGGAGUACUUUGUAUUGUUCCUUAUUUUUUCGUAACACCAUUUCUGAUAAAUCAUCUUGAAAUGCAUUUUUAGAGUGUACUAUUUUCUCUUUUACUAUUCUUGACAAACAGAGAGUCAGGAAGGAGGCAUUUACAUCUUCUAGAAUAGAGAAAGUUAGACAAUCCUCCAUUUAAAACUAAAAUCAGUGGGAUUCCAGAACUAGUACCCCCUCCCCAAAGAGAAACGAUCUUGUAUAUAAGGGCAAAGCAGUAGCUUAAGCUCACACAGCACCUUCAGCCCAGCCACGGUUCAGAUACCUACGCACUUUAGUGCCACUUUGCAGUACUGUACGAACUGCGGGAACUGUGAACCUCUUCGGAGAAAUGCCAUAGCUCCAGACCCUGAGGCAAUGUAAGAUCUUAAAACUCACUGUAACAAAACCUGUACAUUUUUCCCAAGCCAAUUUAUGAAUAUGUCAGUUUGCAGUUUAUAAAAGCAGAGCCUUACUGAUCAAAGUUUAAAUAAAGCAUGGAAAAAAUUGUUGAAGUGUCUAGAUUGCCUAAAUUUUUAUGAAAUACCAGGCUGGCUUUUGUGGACUUCUGAUUGUAUCUCAAAUUUAGUACCAUUUGGUCUUACUAAGAAACAGUCCGUUCAGUGAGGAAGAAUAGCUUCAGAAAUUUUGUAAAAGAACAUGUGCAUCCUAUGGAUAUCCGUUACCUUGUGAUCUACUUGUUUUUAAAUGAAAUGGGAAUGAAAGUACCUUUAAUUUAUUAAACAACCUUGCUUUUGUCUAGAAAAGAAGGCAUAGGAACCAGCUUUUCUCUGCACUGGUAAUUCUGCACUGCCUUAUUUUGAUUUCAAAAUCAAUUUCAGCAUUUUUAUUCAUCUAAUACUGAAAUUUCAUUUGUUAUACAUCAAGUAGUUGAAAUGUAGGCCUGUCUUGUUUGUCAAAAUAAGGAUCAGCAUCUUAAUUUCUGUGUGUCAAAUCUAGAUGGUUAACAGUGUGCACGUAAACACAGUGUAAAUUUUAUCUCUGUAACAGUGACUCUUCUGGUUAGAAGCUCUUUAAAACAUCAUGUACAGUACUCCAGUAGAAAAGCUGCCGAUGUAAAAUAUGCUUUUCAAACAAAGAGCUAACUUACUUGUUUUUAUAUGAAAUCUGGGCAAAGUGAUUUCUCAUAUUUAUGCUAAAUUAGCAAAAUAUUUUUACUCCAUGUAGUAGCUGGAAAGGUUUUUUAUUUACUUGUUUCCACAAGAAGUCCUACAUGUUUUAUAUGAACUGCAUUGAAAAGUCUAGUUCUUUAGGCACUGGAUUCCAAACUUGCAACGUAUUCCAUCUCCUGGGAAGGCGCACUCAUGUUGGUUAUCUGGCUCAGCAGUUCCACGGCCUCUGUUCCUCACAGUCACAGACCACUCUAGUCUCUUUCUCUUAAGGCUGAAUAGCCAGGUAAGUGCCUGUAUUCUCCAAUGCCAUACAGCAAAUACCCAUGAUUUUUAAAAAGAAAUGUGCUAAUCCCUAAAGUUCUGAACUUCGGAAUAGAUUAUUCUGUUCAAGGUAUUCUAAUGGCACAUGUCUCUGUGUAUGUAGGGUUCUUGCUUUAACAGUGGGCUUAAAUUAGGCACUCUCCCUUAACACCAGCACCAAAAGCACAAAUCUCUUCUGCUUGAGCUGGGACAGUAGAUGAGGAUCAGUAGCAGCUCUUUUAACUUCAGAAUGUGUCAGAGAACCACACACACUUUUCCGGGGUAUUUCACUCAGGGGAAAGUUAAAUGAAAUCUUUUGCUUUGUUAUUCAUGCCCUUACUGAGCAAUAAGAAAUUGUUUUCUUGGCCCCUGUGCUUUCAUAUUAAAAAGAAGAUCUUUAAUAAUAUCAGCAAGCACAGUAAGUGAUUAACAUUAUAAAAUUCUUCUCAGCUAGUUGUAAAUAUUGAGGUGAUGGUUAUUUACUAUUUCCAUUGGCACAGAUUUCUCAUCCCAAUCCUCUGUAAUAUUAGCAUCUGUAAAAAAUUCUGAGUAUUUGGAUGUGUAUGUUCCAUACCAUUGGGGCAUCACAGGCGAAUACAGCCAAAUUCUCUAAAGCCUGCAGCAUAGGAUAACAAGCAGUACCUUGAAAGAGAGAGGUAGAGGGAGCAGGGACAAUAUAAAGCAUUUGUGAUAUGCUGUUUUGCCGUGUUUGAAGUAGCUCAUUCCUGGGAGUCAAAAAGUAAAAUGUGCAGAAUAAAGAUUUAAGUUGAAAAAAUAUUCCUAAUUGACUAGGUGGUGAUAAUGUAGCUAAUGAUACUUUUCUUUUGAUGCAAUAUGAUAUUAUGUGAUCAAGAUUUGAUCUCAAGACACAAAGUAAAGAAAUCUUCUUUAGUUCUUACAGCAAGUUAUAAAGUCAAGUCUGUUUAUAAUACAUGGAGAGUUCCUGGUAGCUAUUAUUAAUAAUACCACCAAGCCUUCUAACAGAGAUAAAUUCAUCCUGAGGAAAAAAACCAGUGACUUCUCUUUUUUUCAAUACAGGUUAGACCUGUUGCCCAGCCAAAUCCAUGCCAGCAAAUUACAAAGCUAAAGCCUUUUCUAGCACAUAUAAGUUGAUUAGAGGGCAAAAAAAAUAAUAGGAAAAAUAGCUGAAACCCUGACCAAAACAGGUGGGUUUAUUAUUUAGCUGAAAUCUAGAGUAGGAUGUAGAAAUCAGGUGAAAGUCAAAUUUCCCAUCACUUGAUUAAACUUGAAUGGGGUUUUUUUUUUGAACAAAAAACAUACUCUUCAUUUAAGGAAAAGCAAGCUGAAGUCAUGGGAUGGAAAAUAUUUCAGUGAUAUUUUCUGAGCUAGUAUAUAAUAAUACAUGCUGUAUCCAAUUUCUGAGAUGGUUGACAUUCAUGUUGAUAAACAAUCCUUUCAUUUUGGGUAGGCUGUUUUUGUGUGAUAAAAGUAUUAUGUUACUAAAUGGUAACCAGCAUUAUUUGCUUCUUAAUCAACACAGUGUAUUAUUUGUGAGAAUACCUACUUUACUGACAGUCUUUAUCAGCUUUAUUUCCAAGAUAUUUGGCUACUGAUAAACACUCCUAAGAAGCCCAGUAUAUAUUUGUGUUUAUAUUGCAUUGCUCACAAAAAUAAGUCAUAACAAAAGCAUUUCCCUUUCUUGAAAUAAACUGGAAUUUUCACACAGAUCAUUACUGGAACAGCGCCUAAAAGCAGAUGCCUUUUUGCCUAUAAGGUGAUCUUCACCUCCCUUGCAAAAAGGUGCAUUGUUAAAUAUAUAUAAAGCUUUAUUUGAUGUUAGACAUGAAAUGAGAAUUUCAUUGGCACAAUUACAGCAAUUUUAAUUGUUACUUAAGAACUACAACUCAUGUUGGAACAUCCUUAAAAUUAAAAGCCGGUCAGUAGAAGUUUCUAAUAUUCUUUGUUGAGCUGUAUGCCACUUAGAUUAGAAAAUACUAGAUUUGUAAAGCUUCACAAUUUUUCAUUUACAUAAGCUCCUCCUAGUGAAUCGUAAUUGGAGUUGGCAUUUGCUUAUUUUAAGGCCAUUGGUUCCACUCCAUAGUAAUUUACCACUUGCAAUAGAUAAGAUUCAGCUGCUCCCCUGCUCUGUUAACAGUGGGAUCCUGCAGGAUUCCUGUCUGGUCUUGGUGGUGCUGUUACUCACUAGAUUGCUGACUGAUCCCAUUCCAGAUCCAGUUUCUAACCUGAUCUGGCUGUUUUAUUUCAGUAAAAGUGUUAAUAAGCUGAUCAUGUUGUUUUCCCUGCCUCCCAGGCAGUACCUUCACAAACACAGCUGCUUUGUUAAAGAUUGUAUACAUAUAUUUGUAUGCAAAAUUGAGCAUGUAUAAAGGUUUUUAUUUAGUUCAGGUGUUCCUGACAGAAAUGUGAUACACUGGAUAGAGAGUACUGGGCUCAGACACAGGAGACUGCCUUUGUCGUGUUCUGUCACCGCAUUGUCUGUGCUCUGGUUUGUAAUGUACUUGGAGAUACUGUGGUAAUUCUAUAGAAUAGGUAAAAUAUAAUUUUAUUCUCGUGUUCUGGCAUCAUAACUGAAUUUUUCAUACUGCAGACUAUGCCACUUUCCAAACAAAGCCCAGCCCAGCUCAGAAGUGGCCAGAAAUUUUCCAGUAACAUGAAACACAGCUGAAAUGAGCUCUCCUUUCCUUGGACUCAAUUAAUGAGCAGAAGCUAAAAAGUAAAUUUCACAGUGAAAAAUUAGAGUAAAAGCUGUGUUGAAUAUACAACAUUUACCUAUCUAGUGCUUAACAUUUGAGCAGCAAGAUUGUAGUUUUCCUGCAACACCAUACUUGGCAGCAACAGGCAGUCUUACUCCUCUGCAGGUUGUCUUCUUUUGCCAGCUGAAUUUUCUCAGUUGAAACUCCUUGUUUUGGCUGCUCCUGUAGCAAUGCAGGUGUCAUUACUCAAACAUAAAGCAAGACAGACCCAUGAUAUCCUUUUAAAAGGCAUUUGCUCAGUAAGGAUCUCCAGUGGUACAGUUUGUGAAUUUUAUAAAGAGAUGAUCAUUGUGCCAGUUGUUUUAUUUCCUGAAACAGUCAGGAACAGAAAAGGAUGAUACAGAAAAUCUUUAAGCAUUCGGGGGUGUUAUGUUUCCCACUGAGACUCUUUAAAGAGUAAUUCUAUCAUCUGCUUUAUUAUGGUUGCAGGAGAGUUGAUGUAAAAUACUUUGAAAAAUCUAGAAUUAACUCAGAGAAUAUAUUCUAUAGAAUUUAUUUCUAAAAUAUUAAAUCUGAUUACUAUUUUUUUAAAAUGGUAGAAAGCUGUUAUUUUCAAAACAGAGUCUAAUUGACUUAUGUGUUCCUUGGUAUGAGAAAUCUCAGCAUUUGCCUUUUCGGUGUUUCAAGGUUUUUUAAUAUUCUUAAUUUUGCUAUUCUCUGUAAUCAUUGUCCAUGUGCAAAUUAUUGUCCAUUUUCUCCAAGAAGUGUCAAAUCCAAAGUACAAAUAUUGUGAAGUGAUGAAGAAGUGCAAUGUAGUUUUAAAGAUGGCUGAGUGAACAGUGUUUGAGUUCUUCACAGGUUCUUCCUUUUCACUGUUUCUUCCCUCCCCGAAAUCCAAACCAGCUUUUAAUUUUAUGGCUAAUAAAUGUACCAGAAGAUUGUUUCCAAUUAAGGAGAAAAGUUAUAAAAUCUUUGAAGACCUGUCUGCUACCAUAAUAGCUGAUACCAAGAAUUUUACUUUGUAUGCACAUCCGCUUUGUAAAACACCUGGUUAGCAGCCUUAGUAUUUUCUUUUUAAUUCCUUCCUUCCUGUUGGUGUCUGGGAGGUCUGUUCUACAGUAAGACUUUUCUCUACAAUCAAGCACAAGGGAACUCUGCUGUCCUUUGUGCUGAGAAUGAGAUCCUGAAAAGCCAGGUUGGGUAGGGUUUUGAACAAGGUGCUCUAGUGAGUGGCAGGGGGUUUGGAAGUAGAUGGUCUUAAAGGUCCCUUCCAAACCAGGCCAUUCCGUGAUUCUGAGAGUUAAAUUAUGUACUGCCCUACUGCUGUCUUUAAGGUUAGGCAGACAUCCACUCCUCAGAAUGUCCCACUGACUGGAGAACCAUAUUCCUGGUGCUCUGUGUUGCACCUUCUCAAUUGAGACCAUAGUCCUUCAUCCAAGGCUGGGGAUGGAACAACAAAAAAAAAGUCAAAAGGUAAAUUUUGUACUUUAUUAACACAAUUAUUUUAAUUUGGAGCUUAGAAAUGACACAUCUGUUUCAUGAAUGAAUAUCCGGUAGACCUAAGUCAAAAAAUGUUUGUCUCUGAUGUACGUUCUUCUCUAGCUGUUCUCUUUUCCAACAAACGAUCAAGAUGGGAUUAAGCUUUUCUUGGUAGGGAAAAUGGUGGAAGAUACAAAUGCACAACAUUGUCCUAAUACAAGGAUCAAGAUAAUCCUUUGUCUUCAAACACUUGAGUGAGUGCAGGCAGAACAGGAAGAACAAUUUAGAGGAAAAUAAAAAUUAAGGCAAGAGGCAGAUUGAUGAGGAUUAUUUUUCUUCUAAAGGAAAAAAUAAAGCAUAUUUAAAAAAAAAAAAAAAAAAAAAAACAGAAGGAAAAAGGUAAAUGAAGAUGUCUUUGGAGCAAGGAUGGAAAAGUAUAUGGACAUUCACUACAAGCUUGCCCAUGUUAGAUCAAAAUACUGUUUCUGGUAUUUAAUAUAUUAUAACCAAACAUGAACUCAGUGGAAACAGGAAAUGACAUUUUUUGCAGACCAGAGUUAUACAGGUGGCCAUUAAAUAAAAGACUUAUCCAAAUGCAUGGGGUAAAAAAACUAAAAAGCAACACCCUAGAAGCAUUGCUACCGUGUCACUCUUUGCUGAUGGCAAUUUCAAAGACAGGUUCAAAAUCAUUUUAGUUAACUCUGCUCCCAGGCAAGUGUAUUCUCAUAUACCCAGUUUCUCGGCUAGCAAGAGAUGCUAAAAGUAAAGACAAAAUGUCCUAUUAUCAGCAUUUUAUCUUGCCAUUUUCAAAUGAGGCUUCGUAUAUUAUGGCAGGUAUUUAAGUUUCUCCAUCUUAAACUUCUAAAAUACAUUCUAAAAAAUGAAAUUUUGGGUUGGAUUGUGGAUGAAGGUUAACCUUGCUGGGGUAACGGGGGAAUCACUGUAGAGAACCAUUUGUGAGUCUCAGAUAGAGAUUCAGCACCAAUUUUCAGCUUCUUGAAAAGAUCAUCAUGUGCACUGGCAGCUGGUUCUCAAAACCAGAAGCAAGCAUAGCAUACUGGGUUUUUUCAAGCCAUUUCACACAAAUACUUCAGGUCUCAAUUGCCCACGUAAACAAGGCUUAAUAACUGGGCACGUCUUUUAAUUGACUGAUUGUAGGCACUUCUAUGGAAAUGCAUCUGGAGUGUAGUUUGUGAAAUAUGUUUUUAAAGUGUUUGAUGUAAAAUAAGCGCUAGACAUUUAACAGUGCAAAAAUAGUCAAAAUCUGUAGAUGACAAAACUGUUCCUAAGAUUCUCAGCCUGUAAUAUUGUCUUAGUAAAGUUGGUAUUUUAAGUUAAAUUGCAUUCUGGUGUAAUAACCUUUUACAAAUAAAAUUAUUAAUGCAACUGUACUGGUUAGUACCUGUUAACAUAAAACAUGGCAGUUGGUUAUUUUGAUUUGUUUCAAUCUAUAACUAAUAGAAAUUUUGUAAAAAAACCAAAAACAAACAAAAAAACAAAAACAAACCAACAACAACAACAACAAAAACCCGCCCACAAACAGAAACAACACAUUACCUUUUAUAUGUUUAAAGUGUUUUAACAGACUAUAUUAUCAUUCACACUGUAUAGUCCAACCCUGUCUUUUUAGCAGGUUCAUCUCUCUCUGUAUACAUACAAAUAUAUAUAUCCCCACAAGAAUAUAAAAUUGCUUUUGAAAUUUGUGUUGGCAAGUGAUAAAUAGUACACCAUGGCAUAAAUUCAGAAGCACUUAAGUUGAUGGUCUUUCAGACAGGUAAUCCAUUCAGAUGGAACUACUAAAAAUGUGUAAUUGCAGCCAUUAGUUUGUAAUCUGUACAUUACUUCUAACAUUACUAAUUUCUGAGAAAAAUAAUUAUGUUACAUACUUAACAUUUUCCAUUACAGAUGAUCUUGCAUACUAAAAUUAUGGAGGUCUCAACAAUUAAGCAAGAUAUUUAAUUGGACUGCUGCUUUUAAAGUGUUUGAAGAAGCAAAGAGAAAGAAAGUUCAUCUUAAAAUCUGUAUAUGGAAAUAAUUUUAAGCUUCAUGAACUACACAUUUCCUUAAUUUCCUUUUCUUAAACGAGUUGUAACAUCAAAGAUGCCAAAGGGUAAUAUAAGCUACAAUAAUAUUCAACAGAACUUAACCUAGAUCUUACGUUGUAAUAAUUUAUUCAAAUUAACUGUAUUCUUCUGUAUUUAUAUUUUCGGUAUUUAUUAUGAAUGAUAUGAAAUUUGAUGUAUUUAUUGUGGCUUAUUACUGCAGUGUAUAUAUUCCAAAAAUGAGCAUUUUUAAGUCUUAACAUUAGGGUUUUUGUUAAUUAGUGGCACUUGUAUCAGCUGUAUUUUUAUUAUCUAUUGUACAAUAUAUAUUGUCCAUUUGUUUGCAAUGAAGUAAACCAGGUUUCUACGUUA